UUCCUUAUAAAUAGUUGUUUUAUGUCUCCAAUUGAUGUAUAAAACAAGUAAAAUUCAAAAAAAAAAUAUGGCCUUUUUUAAAGUUAUCCAACAUUUUAUUGUAAUACCAUCCUUCAUGGUAGGAGUCUCAAUGGGUACUUCUAGUAGAGUACCCGUUGUGCCUGGACUUUCAUACACAUUUUAUUCUUCUACUUGCCCGGGUUUGGAUUUCAUUAUUAGAGGUCAUCUUAUAAAGGUCCUUUUCAGCGAUCGCACUCAAGCCGCUGGUUUGCUUCGUCUUCAUUUUCAUGAUUGCUUUGUUAAAGGAUGUGAUGGUUCAGUAUUAAUGGACGGCUCAGCUAGUGAUCCAAGUGACAAGGAUGCACUUCCAAACUUGACGUUAAGGUCUCAAGCUUUUAAAAUUAUAAAUGAUCUUCGAGCCUGUUAUGGGUCCCCUUGUGCAUCGACACUGUGGCCGAGUUGUUCUUGUGCUAAUAUUAUUACCCUUGCUGCUCGUGAUUCUGUUUUUCUGAUAGGCGGACCAUUCUACUUGAUUCCCUUAGGAAGAAGGGACGGCCUAAACUUUGCUACACAAGGAGAAACCCUAGCUAACCUACCACCACCCUUUUUCAACACUGAACAACUCCUCAGUUCUUUUGCCACUAAAAACUUGAAUACCACGGACCUCGUGGCCCUCUCCGGAGCCCACACCAUCGGAAUUGGCCAAUGUACAUCCUUCACCGAUAGACUCUACCCUACUCAAGACCCUACAAUGGACCAAACCUUCGCUAACAACCUUAAGCGCAUUUGUCCAACUGCAACCACUAAUGCCACAACGAAUUUGGACAUUCGUACUCCUAAUAUUUUCGAUAACAAGUAUUAUGUCGACCUUGUGAACCGCCAAGGCUUGUUCACUUCUGAUCAAGAUUUAUAUACCGACUCAAGGACUAGAGGUAUUGUCACAAGCUUUGCCACCAACCAGGGCUUGUUCUUUGAAAAGUUCAUAGAUGCAAUGGUUAAAAUGAGCCAACUUGAUGUAUUGACUGGUUCACAAGGUGAAAUUCGCUCCAAUUGCUCUGUAAGGAAUGCUAAUAGUAAUAUGGAUCUCAAGUAUCUGGUGGAAGUGGAUGAAGAACAAGGAAAAUUGUCACAAUUUUAAGAAACAAUAAUGUACUACAUACGUACAAUUUAAAGUGGAGUAAUAAGUCUUGAAAUUUACCUCGAUGCCUCGCACGUGUAAUGACGUCUGAGUGUGGCGUCUAUAGUUUUUUUUUUUUUUUUUUUGGAGGGAGCGUCUAUAGUUUCUUAUAUUAUGAAUAAUAAGGGAUUUGAUCAAAGUAAUUCCAUUCUCAAGCUAAUAAGAUUUUAUUUA